CGUUAAUGUUAGAAGGCGGCGGGGGGGUAAGGGUCCUAUUGGUGAGGUAGGUGAGGGUGCGCGGGCACGACUCCUGCAGUUUAAUGUCCAAUUUAUAUCUUUAAAAGACUUCUGCCGACGAAAGAAAGACAUUUUUAUAAGUUUACAAAGGACUGGGACGACGGCCAUGGCGACUGAGGGGGAGCCCACGGAGCUGGUGAAAGUCUUCCACCUGCUGGUCUUGUCUGUGUCCUGGGGCAUGCAGAUCUGGGUCACCUUCGUCGCAGGGUUUGUCCUGGCAGCAGGAGUGUCCCGGCACACCUUCGGCCUAGUUCAGAGCAAACUCUUCCCCUUCUACUUCUACGGCCUACUUGGAUCUUCCUUUCUCAACCUUGCUGUGUAUGCCGUCUACCACCCCCGGGAACUGCUGGAUACCCACGAGGCUGUGCAGAUGGGCCUGUUCUUCAGUGCCGUGGUGCUGGCGGGCCUCAACGCUCAGUGGUUCAGCCCGGCUGUGGCCGAGCUGAUGCUGCAAAUGCAGGAGGUGGAGCGGGAGCACGGGCUGGGGGCCGAGGUGGGCGUGCGCUCCAACAGGGAGGCCUACAGCAAGCUGCGCGAGCAGGACCCCAAGUACAAGAACCUCAGGACCUCCUUCUUCCGCUACCACGGGCUCUCCUCCCUCUGCAACCUCCUGGGCCUGCUGUGCACCGGGAUCAACCUCUGCUACACGGCCCUCAACCUCCGCACCGUCUGAGACCCCAGAGAUGCUCCUCCAGCGCUGAGUUUAGAGGCACCUUCCCAUGAAGCAGCUCGUUAAGACCUGUAAAACACUAUCUGAUUGGGUGCAAUAAUGUCAUUAACAAUCCAGAUGGAAAGAAAACCAGCAAAAAAAUGUGGCCCUUUUAUAGACCCUGAGGGUAGGAUCUUCCAUUUGAAGGUUCAAUUAUGCAAUCAAUGAUCUAUUGCAUUAUUAAGACACUGCAACAUUUUGUAAGGACUUGAGCUAGAAAAGCAAAUGUCAUCUUGAUUAUGAAGGACCACAGUCCUGCAGAAGUGCCUUUUAAAGAAAAUGAAUAGAACCUUGUUUGCAUAUCGGUAUGGUCCAUUUCAUGUUGUUAUGAGCAGUCAAACCCGGGACGGGGGGAGCUGGAUUGGGGCUUUAAUUUUGAUUUCCAUCAAAGUUAAAGAUACUCUCUGUCCUGCUGUUGUGCUUUUAGGUACGUCUCUGAUUGUAGUUUAACAGAGGGGUGGUAUUGUUACCUAGGAUGGGGCCCCGUGUUCAAUUCCUGGAGUGCUAUCUGUGUAGAGUAUGCAUGUUCUCCUAGUGUUGCUGUGGUUUCCUCCAGCUGCAGCAGUUUCAGCCCACAGUCCAAAGCCAUACUGUGUAUUUUAUGAAAAUAUAAUUUAUUACAGCAAAGUAUACAAGUCUUACAAAGAACUUAAUGGGCAAGUGGCCAUUAAGGCUGGAUUCGCUGAACAAAGUCCCUCCAAACCUCCUGAGUGGUCCCACUUGUUGCAGCCCAUUCCAUGUCUCCAAAUACCUGUCCUGGCUCUGAAACUGUUAGUCCGGUUUUCGGCAGGAGCGCAAAGUGACGGGUGUCCAUGGCCCACAAUCCUUUGACAUGGAGGAACCCCACCUGGCUAUGCCUCACUUCCUUCUGCCUCCGAGGUUUGCAAGGAUCCCUUGCUCCCGCUCUUUGUUGUGCUGGAUGAGAGUGUUCCUCACGCUCCACAGUCCAAUCCAGUCAGUGCCCGCCCCAGCAGGAAGCGGUUUUAGCUCCCUUGCUCUCUAGCUAAAACACCCCCCACUUCCCCAGUUAAGUCCCUUGUUUCUUGCUCUGCCUUGUCAAAACCGAAUCAGAAUGGCAGAGCAGUCUAAGGUGCUGCGUUAAGGUCGCAGUCUCCCCUGGAAGCGUGGGUUCGAGUCCCACUUCUGACAGUGAAUCGGCUUGUGGGAAAUUGUGUGCCUUGCAAUGAACUGGUGUCCCAUCCAGGGUGUGUCCUGCCUUACACCUCGUUGUUUAGUGUAAUAGGCUCUGGCUAACCCCCAUGACCCUCUACUGAAUAAGUGGAUUAGAAAACAGCUAGAUGUCUACUUUAAAAGAGAAAUACAGAGUUACAAUGUUGCUGCAUUGGUCCAGUGACUUAGAUGUUGCAUGGAGGUACAUAUUCAGUAUGUGUUUUUUUUUCUUUUAUGUAGUAUGAAAUGGUCUGUUCUACAAUGGAUUUAACAUUUUACAUGUUUCUGACCUUAAAGGUUUGGAAUGAGCAUUUUAUGGGAUGCACCGAUUAGUUUCUUAUAGGCACAGUCUGGGUUUUACAUUUGAAUUGCUUUUAAUCCUAGCCCCCUCGUUAAAAGCAGGGUUUUAAUUUCUGUGGCAAAGUGUUAAAGUGUUUUGUUGUGUUUGCCACACAGGAGCCAUUGUGUUUUUGAAAGAAGAGAUUUUUUUUCUCCAAUAAACACGCUAAGCUGUUUCUA